AUGAAUGGUGAUGCAGAUGCCGACAGCCCCGAUGGGGACAUAGACAUGGAGAAUGUCACCCGAGUCCGACUUGUACAAUUUCAGAAAAAUGCAGACGAACCCAUGGGUAUUACACUUAAAGUGAAUGAAGAGGGGCGCUGUUUAGUCGCUCGAAUCAUGCACGGGGGCAUGAUUCACCGACAAGGGACUCUCCAUGUUGGAGAUGAAAUUCGAGAAAUUAAUGGUUUCAGUGUCCGAAACAAAACUGUUGAAAUGUUACAGAGGAUGCUGAAAUCCCUGCAAGGCGCCGUCAGCUUCAACGUUGUCCCUUCUGCUUCCUCCUGGUACUUCAGCGACAAGUUUGAUCAGAGUCUGAGCCCAAAAGAGCACCUUUCUUGUCAAUUUCUUUCAUUCCAGAAAGAAGCACGAGGGAAUGUAGGUUUGAAGAUUGUCCCUAGUUACAGACAUGCUCCCGCUCAGUGCGAGAUUUUUGUCCGUGCUCUCUUUGAUUAUGAUCCUGCCACUGAUGAACUGAAUCCUUGCCCACAAGCUGGCAUUCCUUUCAAAAUAGGGGAUGUCUUACAGGUGAUUAACAAAGAUGACCCCCACUGGUGGCAAGCAAGGAAGUGGAAUUCCUCCCCCACUGAGCCUGCUGGUUUGAUCCCGUCUCCAGAACUGCAAGAGUGCAGAGUUGCAUCAGCUGCUUCUGAGAGAGCAAAGCAGGAAAAUGCAGGCAAGUAUCCGAAGAAAGAAAACAUAGACAAGUAUUCCAGACGAGAAAAUGGAGGUCAUUGUUCAUGGUUUGGACGCAAGAAGAAAGACAAAUACCUUGCCAAACUCAAUGCUAUAUUUGACCAAUUAGAUUUAGUAACAUAUGAAGAAGUUGUACGACUUCCUGCAUUUGUAAGGAGGACAUUAGUCCUUUUAGGUGCUCAUGGUGUUGGCAGACGACAUAUUAAAAAUACAUUAAUUACCAGUCAUCCAGAUAAAUUUGCUUAUCCCAUUCCACAUACAACACGGCCACCUCGGAAAGAUGAAGAAAAUGGGAAAAACUACUAUUUUGUCACACGAAAAAAAAUGAUGGCUGAUAUAGAGGCGAAUGAAUAUUUAGAGUAUGGAACACACGAGGAUGCCAUGUAUGGGACAAAACUUGAAACGAUACGACAAAUUCAUGCUGAUAGUCUCAUGGCAAUUCUUGAUGUAGAACCUCAGGCAGUAAAGGUGUUGCGAACAGCUGAAUUCUCUCCCUUUGUGGUAUUCAUUGCAGCUCCGACUAUACCAGCAGUGACCGAGGAUGGAAGUUUGGAACGACUUGCAAGGGAGAGUGAACUUCUGGAAAAAGCAUAUGGACAUUACUUUGACCUCAAAAUAGUGAACAACGACAUAGAAGAAACAAUCAACACAUUGGAGCAAGCCAUUAAGGAUGUGUCUAUAACACCACAGUGGGUGCCAGUCAGCUGGGUGUACUGA